UCUGCUGGCUGUGUUUGAGUUUGAGCUCAGUGCUAAAAAAGAUUUGUCACCUCCAGACAAGACAGCGACCACCGUGAGGAAAGUUUCUUCUUUUAGAAGGCCUACGUUGUGUGUGUGAGAGAGAGAGAGAGAAGAUGAUGAGCAUGAUGAUGAUGAUGCUGUGGGAGGCUGUCAAGGUGUCCUCGAAUACAGACGUCGUUCAGUGACGUGAGAGGAGAGAGAGGGAGAAAGAGCGAGGAAGAAUGCGCGUGAACGUCGGCAGGGGGCGGGGACAACGCGAAUAAACGGAGGGAUGGAGAACUCCGCGAGUCACCAUCACGGAUCCCCGCUGUCAAUCCUCACCGUUUGGACCAAUAGUCUUGCAGAAGCUGGCAGGCUCGUCCCCCCCACCCCUUCUUCUCAGCCCCGCCCCCCUCCUUGAGCUGUCCUCUCUGUGCACGCGCGUGGCACCCCCUCCCCACCACCACCACCACCUCCACCACCACUAGGUCGAGUCGAGGAGGAGGAGGAGGAGGAAGAGGAGGAGGAGGAGGGAUGAGGCGCGCGGUGGAGGGGAAAUGGCUGCCGAAAACAAGCCGGAAGGACUGAAGAAGAUAAGAAAUCCAGAGCGAAUGGUCAGGAUUGCUGUUGGUUACACAGGACACACCCCUCCCAAGAGUGACGACACUGACGCCAACAAUGAGCCAGGCCAAUUGAAGAUAUACCUUCCCAAAAAGCUGCUAGAGUGUCUACCCAAAUGUUCCUCUCUGCCCAAGGAGCGCCAUCGCUGGAACACCAACGAGGAGAUUGCUGCAUAUCUCAUCACUUUUGAGAAACAUGAUGAGUGGCUGACGACAUCGCCAAAAACCAGGCCUCAAAAUGGCUCUAUGAUCCUCUACAACCGUAAGAAGGUGAAGUACAGGAAAGAUGGCUACUGCUGGAAGAAAAGGAAAGACGGGAAGACCACCCGAGAAGAUCAUAUGAAGCUCAAAGUGCAGGGAGUAGAGUGUCUGUAUGGCUGCUACGUCCACUCCUCCAUCAUCCCCACCUUCCAUCGUAGAUGCUAUUGGCUGCUGCAGAACCCAGACAUUGUGCUGGUGCACUACCUGAAUGUACCGGCAGUGGAUGAUAGCGGGAAGCCAUGUGGUCCUGUCCUCUGCUCCAUCAACACAGACAGGAAGGAGUGGGCCAAGUGGAGCAAGGAGGAGCUCAUUGGACAACUCAAACCCAUGUGUGCUGGAAGCAGCUUGCAUCAAAAAUGUUCCAGUGUCAAGCAGCGCAUCAUCUCAUCCAAGCAGGAGUCAGGGGCAGCAGCAGGAGGUGGAGCUGCAGCGGGUACCGGUGUAGCGGCAGGCCAGAGAGCUGAGGAAGCAGAUGGCACAGAGGUCCAGAACAGUGAUGUGUCAGAGGGCCAGACAGAACCCAGUCCUGGAGGGGGCAGGAGCAGAGCGGGUGGAGGAGAGAGGAGGAAUGGCAGGUUAACCAAACCCUCUUUACUCCCACAGAGCAGCAUGGAGGUGUCCUCCUCCACUUCCACCAACCAGGUGGAAGUCCCUGACACCACCCAGAGCUCCCCAUUGUCAAUCACCAGUGACAUGGCUGACAGCCCCGCUCUCGCCAUUGGGGCUGGCUUGUCGCAGAGCACAGCUGUAUUCAUGUCUGAGGUCACCACGCUGACUGGAGAUUCGGUUUACUCUGCUGGCCACACCCACCUGUUGGCAUCCACCCACGAGAGUACCACCGCUGGAAUCCUGUUGGCUGUUGCCCCUGAAAACCAGAGGUUUGCGUCGUUUCCUGGUGGGGUGGGCUUAGGGGAGGGAGGAGAGUUGGUUCUGUCCAGCUCUUUAGACUCCAGUGGAGGUGUCAGCCUUCCUGAAACCACCAUGACCUUUGACCCUGAUUGCUUCCUCAACAAUCCCAAGCAGGGCCAGACGUAUGGAGGAGGUGGAGGGAAGACUGAGGGGUGUAAUGGUGAUGAUGGAGGGCUCCACUGUUCUUCUAAUGGCUUUGUCUACAACCCAGCCCUCGUCAACAACAUCAAGACGGAAACGACUCCCCUGGAGCAGCCGCUGGCCACUCAGAGCAGCUAUGUGGGAGAGGGGACAGGCCUUAGCCCCAGCACCACCCUGGAGCAAAUGGACUUCAGUGCUGUCAUGUCAUCAGCCUGUGUCCCAAGUCUGAGUCAGACUGCACACCACCCCUCCCCGAGCCUCUUCCUCCAGGCCUCCCCCCAGACAAACCAGCCCUCCCAACUGCAGACCAAUGGUACUGAGGCAAGCCAGGAAUCAGGUGAGGCCCAAGCUUACAUAGGUCUGCCUACGGUGCCAACAGACUCUCCGGUCACCAAUGGAGAUCCACAUACACACCUCCACCAAGCCAGCCCAGACCAGCAGGCCCUGUGUGGAAGGAAUGGACAAGGAGCAGCAGUGGGAUCUUUUCCCCUGACAACACAGGAUACUACCGUUGACCAGUCAGGCAGCAGGGGACAUCGAGAGGUGGGGGGCUUGGACAAGGCUUCUGAGAAUGGAGGAGAGUUACUACUCAAGCCAGGAGAUCCUCAUGAGGGCUACGUGAGUGUGGACACCGAGCACUACCUGCAACCCACAGAUGACAAUGGAGGAGGAGAGGAGGGUGGAGGAGGUGGUGGUGGAGGAGGUGGAGGGGGAGGAGAAAAUGAGAUUCUCUGUAAUGGUGUAAGCUUGCCAGGGGCCAGCAGUUCAGUGGUGGCCAGUCCUCAGUCGAUAGCUGCUGGUGCAAGCAUCGAGGGGGCUCUCUACAGCUCUCCUCUUCCUCAGCAAGGUGGGGGCGUGUCAGCUACAACAGCUGGGGCAGGAGCCAUCAGUCUGGAAGGUUUUGAGGCUUCAUUUGGAAGCCAGUUCUCUGAUCUCAUCAAUGAUUUCAUCUCAGUUGAGGGGUCUGGGGGUGGUGUGGGAGCAGCUGUCACUGGGGUUCUGAUGCCCCAGGAGGGGGCAGCAGGAGAGGAGCAGGGCACAGGAGCAGGCCACCUGCAGGGCUCAGAGGUGGAGCAGGGAGCUCUGGGACUGCUCCAGGAGACUGGGAGGCUGUUUGGUGUGACAGACUACUCCCCAGAGUGGUCUUAUCCAGAGGGUGGAGUGAAGGUGCUGAUCACAGGGCCGUGGUUGGAGUCGAGCAGUGAGUACAGCUGUCUCUUUGACCACAUCAGUGUCCCUGCUGCCCUCAUCCAGCCUGGGGUGCUGCGCUGCUACUGCCCAGCCCAUGACACAGGACUGGUGAUGCUACAGGUAGCUAUGGGUGGUGAAGUCAUCUCUUCCUCCGUGGUGUUUGAAUACAAGGCGCGUGACCUUCCUGCCCUGCCAUCUUCUCAGCAUGACUGGCUGUCCCUGGAUGAUACCCAGUUCAGGAUGUCUAUCUUGGAGCGUCUGGAGCAGAUGGAACAGAGGAUGGCUGAGAUAACCAAUCAGAACCCCAGCUCAGAAACCAUGGCAACCAAGGGCGGAGGAGUCGAGGGAGGAGGAGCCACUGAGCAGCAGUCUCAAAUUCCUCCUGAUCAGGGUUCAUUCGAGGGUCGCGUGGUGGUAGUAUGUGAGAAGAUGAUGUCUCAGCCAUGCUGGGCUUCUUCUAAUCAGCUCGUACACAGUAAGAACUCCAGAGGAAUGACCUUACUGCAUCUGGCUGCAGCUCAGGGCUACGCAGGGCUCAUUCAGACACUCAUUCGCUGGCGCACAAAGCAUGCUGACAGUAUUGACCUCGAGCUGGAGGUUGAUCCUCUCAAUGUAGACCACUUCUCCUGCACUCCACUGAUGUGGGCUUGUGCUUUGGGCCAUACUGAGGCAGCACUGGUGCUUUACCAGUGGGACCCAAGAGCUCUGGCUAUUCCUGAUUCGUUGGGACGCUUGCCGCUCAACAUUGCUCGAUCCAGGGGCCACACUAGACUGGCUGAGCUGUUAGAGCACCUGCAACAGACUCCUCAAGCUCAGGGUCAGCCUGCUGACACUUGGAUGGAAAGGUGGAGAGGAGAGUCACAGACCAGCGGAAUAAGCAACAACCCCACUCCAAACCCUAACUCAGAGCUGAGGAGAGCCAGGACAGAGAGCCAGCCAGACAACCAGAACCAGAGCUGGAGCCAAACAGGACACAGAGCCCCACAGGGAACCCAGGGAGAACAAGGAGGCCCACCCCCAGCCAAGAGACUCAAACCCAGCCCAGACACCCAGCAACAGCUAGCUAACUCAACCCCCAGCACCAACACCCUCAACUCCUCCCUUAACACCUCCCUAAGUCCCAACCUCCCCAACACCCCACAAACUCAACCCUCCAACCUCAGCUGUCAGAACGCACCUCCUGCCAGCUCCAGCCCUAACCAGCCUCAGCUCCCCAGCACCCCAUUCUCCCUCCUGCAGGCCAGGAUAGGGGGGUCUGGAGGGGGCACCAGGUGGAGUCUGAGACAGACUCUGGGGCAAUGUAGCCUGGCCAGGAGGAUUCUUGGAAAAGAGCGACUGGCCAUUCACCUGCGCCAAAGAGUGCUGUCUGACAGGGGAGAGGAGACAGAGCUGCUGACCUAUCAGGAUAACACUGAGGACUUGCAGAUGGACAUUACGAUGCUAGCUGAUCACAUCAUGGAAGCUUCAACUGGUAGGCUUAAACAGGAGGCUAUGGAGACUCAAACAGACUCUGGGAAGGUGGGGAUCAGCAGUGAUGUCAGGUUACUGUCUGGUUACCUCGGUGAGGUGGAGAGGUUUCUGAACUCCAAGCCCCAGACUCCUUGCCCCAAACCAAACUCUCUCUCAGGGCCUGAGGAUCAGCAGAGUCCUCAGGCUAAGCAAGCCCCGUCCUCCCCCUUUGACUGGAGCUCCUUCCUCUGUGCAGCUAUGAAAGAGGAGAGGUUGAAAACUGACUCCUCCUGUCUAGCCAUGACUGAAACAGAGCAGGGAGAGCUGUAUGAGACCAUCAGGCAUGCCCUGCACUCCCUCAGAAAACACAAGGGUCCCAUUCAGGAACAACGCAAAGAGAUUGCAGCAGUGAUUCAGCGCUGCUAUAAGAGAUACAAGCAGUAUGCACUUUAUAAGAGGAUGACCCUGGCAGCCAUCCUGAUACAGAGUCGUUUCCGGAGUUUCCAUGAGCAGAGGAAGUUCCAACAGAGUCGUAGAGCAGCGGUCCUCAUCCAGCAAUACUACCGCUCCUACAGACACUCCCUCAGCAGCCUCCUAACUAAAAAACAGAACCAGGCUGCUCGCAAGAUCCUGAGGUUCCUGCUCCGAUGCCGCCACAGCCCCUUGAUGGACCAUAGGCCUCUGAAACGGGGCCAGAGAGCAGAGAAAGGCCAGGGGUCCUGAGAGUCCAUCGUCAGGCCCCACACACAGCCCCCUCAGCCUGUGAGCAAUCUAUACAACUUCCCUGCCCUCCAUCUUGUCCUUUUUCUUUCUCCUCUCCUCCAUCCUUCCCGAACUCUCUCCCUUUCAAUCCUCUUAACCCCAUUUCUCCUCCCCUCUUCUUUCCUUCUCUUCCCCUUCACUCUCACCCUCUCUCCCCUCUUCUCUCAAGAGGGAAAAAAACUCUUCCCAGACAGACUGAGGACAGGAUAGGUGUCCAUCAUGGCAGCUCAGACAGACAGACUGCUGGGUAGAGCCCAGGGACCUGGCUCUGCCCACAGCACUGAUCCUCCUCCACAGUUUCACUGGGAGGCCAUCACAUUAACCUCAUGGCAUUCUUUGCACUCUUCAUGGGUAUGUUUCUUUGCAAGAAAAAGUCAACGAGUCAAACAAGAGAACACGAGGAAGCAUCUGACAACGACAUCUUGCCGUUCAUGGCAGCGACUGGAUGCGCUGAAAGGCACUGGUGAUGAACAGCUUGCUCAAGAGGCUACUUUGACAUGCAGAAAAUACACAAAACCUGUUGCGUUUUGUAUCCAAACAGUGAUCCAUGAAAGAAUAAGAAAACAUAAACCAAAAAACUCACUUCUAUGUUGCAUUUGCAUGCAAGGUUUUUUCGCUUAUUCCUUCUCUCCAUCAUCCUGAAGAGCUGUAGUGGCAAAUCAUUCUGCUGAUUCAGUAUAUCACAAUAUCACCAACCACUCUGACUCACAGGCUUACAAACCUAUUAAUCAGUCACCCGAUCCAAAGGGGAGGAACUGCACUUGAAUGUAAGAGGGGCAUUGUUAGAUAAAGGGUUGGGGUCAGAAUAACGAUGUCUUAAUUUGUUACAUGGACUUUGUAUGGAGUCGUUCUCAGAGGCAGCACUUUGCUCGCCUGACGUGGUGUGUCCGUGUUUGUUCAAUUCAAUGCAUGUGUUUGAGCUACAAGCUCCUGCAUGCUUGCCAAACUGCUUUAGUGUUGUUUCUUUUGUAUUUCUAUGUGUAGUUGUGUCUCACUUACGUCCUCAUCAACUUAUCCUUGCCCUGUGUAAUGUGAACUGUGUAAGGACAAAUGACUUAUUUUGGGUGCUUUUUUUUACUUUAUUUAUUUAAGGGUCUAAUUAUUAAUUUAAUUGGCUCAAGAGUGGUUUAGCUUGAGACUGGUUUUCUCCCCUUGUGUGGUAAAAUAUGACAUGUUCCAAUGGUUAAAUGUCUCUGUUAGUUUGUUCUUUGCGUGAACCUCUAAAUCCUAACUGUGGUUUUGAGGAGAGAGUCACAUACCAUUGCCUUGACUUCUUCUUGACUCUGAGAGGUCUCUAUGCUUGCUCUGUACAGGACAUGGGUCCUAUACCUGCCCCUAUACAGGGCAUUGGUCCCCAUAUUAGCCCAUACGGGCGAUCAAAUCCAUAUUUUGGACUAUUGCAUAUUCCUGUAUAUAAACUGACGAGGUAAGGGAUAUGAGGACCCUGAAACUUUUUCAUAAGAGGACUGUAUUUAAGAUUAUAAAUUAUUUUACUCCCAUAAUGAGAACUUAAGACAGAGACUUGGGUACACAGGAUGGCUGUAUUGCUUGUAUAUAAUGUAGAUAUUACAAACGGAGUAAUGUGCAUGAGAUUUAAGACAAAGAAACAGCAAAAAGAACAUGUUAGUGGCUAUGGACUGUGAGAGGAUUUUAACUGCUUCACUUUAAGAGUAUCCAGUAUAAGUGUUACUGAAAAGAACAUUUUGUUAAAGCAUGCAACUGAAAAAUCUAAUGUUAGAAUUAUAAGUGGGAAAACAAAGUUAGCUGAAACAAUGAUCUUUCAGACAAAACAUUUACACUUUGUGCUUUUGUUUCUUGGCUAGCAAAAAUUAAACCCUUUUUGCCAGUAGUGCCAAUUAUUAUGAAUGCUAUUUUGCCUAACAAUAUGUUAUGUUGGGGAAACCAACACCCAAAAGAUAUCAGUAAGACCCACAGAGGCAACACACACACACAACAACAACAACAACAACAACAACAACAACAACAACAAACAGUAGAAGAGAUCUAGUACUAGCUCAACCGUAGACCUCCUACAAGUUCUGAAGUUUGUCUGAGGCAGACUUACGUAUAGAUGAUGAUGGUGAUGGUGAUGAUGCAAGUGUGAAGAUGAUACUAAUGGUGAUGAAGAUGAUGAUCGUUUUAAUGUGAAUGCAAUGACUGAUGACCCAAAAAAGGGAAGAGGGCGCUACAUUCUUUACAAUGUGGUUGUGCUUCAGCAACACACUAGCUUUUAUUAAGACCAUUAAUCACACCUACAGCGGAUCCAGCCUGGCCUCCAGUCAAAGCUUUCCAUCCUCAAACAGAAUGUCUCCUCCCCACUUUUUACAUAUCAUUUGAUUAAUUUUUCUUUUCUCCUCAUUGUCACUGCCAUUACUCUACGACAUGUACUUUGGACUUCUGGAAAGCUCUGUUUAGAAAGUGCCUGCUCAAUAACAGAAAAGUGCAAGCUAAUAUCAGGAAAUAUCUAUUGUAUGUCCUCCAAAAGGUUGCCAGUCACCUGUUUAUUUUCCUAAAUUGUGUGUUAAAAAUGAACUUGACAGUGUUAAACUUGAUCCGAGUCUAAGUUAGAAGCUCUAAUUUGUCAGUGGUAUGAAUGAAUGCUCAUGGCCUGACUGAUGCUAUGUGUUGCUUUAUGAGAAAAACCGAUAAUUACAGUAUCACUUUAUUCCCCACUUAUGUGUGCAUUUUGCAGUAUUAGAAGGAGAAAACCAUAGAAUUCAGCCUCUGUGUAUGAAAGGCACUGUCACAAGUCUAUUUAAUGUCCCGGUGUCGCUGUUGGGAGGAAGAUGUGUCUUCUUGCAUGGACUCACUUUGUCUGUCUUUCCUCAAAAAAUGUCCUUGCAGCAUUUAAGUGAAAGCAUAACCCAGCAGUUUUCCAGAACAAAAUAACUGUCAUACACACUUUCUUUCUUUGUCUUUCUCUUUCACUUACUCUCUCACAAGCGAGCAGACACACACACACACACACACACACACACACACACACACACAUACAUACACACACACACACACACACACACGAACACAUACAGUCAAACACAAAUGUACACAUUCACACACACUAAAAAAGCCACACUCUUUCUCUCUGUGCUUAUGUCUUUGGGAACAAUUAAAUCUCUCCCUUAGAUUUUACUCAGGGUUGAAGAACAGGGAGAUGGUAUGUGGAGUGUAAUGAUUGCUGACACAGAGUUGUACCACUGGUGAGUGUGUACAUUUGUGUAUGCAUAUGUAUGCGUACAAACUUGUGUAUAUUAGGGAUACUCCAGUUGUUCAUUCACUAUUUAGUAUCCACAAAUUUUCAGAUCAUGCUCUUGAUUGACAAACUCCAACUGAUAUACCAGUCCCAUUUUGAAGCAGCGAAUGUGAUCUGUUUGCUUCGUCCUAGCUGUAUCUUGCAUCACUUUUUUUACAAGAAAAAAAAAAUCCCAAUCCCUUAUUUUAUAGGAUUUUGCUUGGAUAUAAACUAAAUUCAAAUCAAGUUAUAAGUGAUGUUUCUAUUUAUACACUUGCUCUUGUCUUAAACGCACAAGAUUCUUAAUACAAAUAAUUCUUAAAUAAUGCAAAAAUAAGUAAUGGCCACAUAUCAGCUCAAGUUUCUUAAUUUAAAAAAGAAGUUGUAAGAGAUAGUAAAUUGAAAGAUUUACAAUUGGAAGAUCUCUACUAUGUGUGUUUCACAUGUCUUCUGAAUCUUCAUCACACUGAGAGACAGCCAUGGUUCGGACAGCGCUGUCAGGAGCAUUCAUGCUACGGUAUCACUUGGACCUUCUCUUAAACUGCCCCUCCUCUCACAUCAGCACAACUAAAGAACACUGCUUUGAUUACACACACACACACACACAUAUACACACACCAACUCCAAAAUGCUUGCCCCUAUUAACAGAUACAGAAUACACACAUACACACACACACACACACACACACACACACAAAACUUAACACACAGAUUGCAGAAAAUCCAUCAAUAUGUUCAUGUUUUGGAGAGGAUGGUGACUGUAAAAAGAGUAUGUAGUGUUAAAAAAAAAAGUUAAAAAAUAAAAAAUAAAGAAAUAUUGCCAUAGUAGACAGCUGGUAAACAUGCGCAGAGAUGGCCUCUGUUCUCAUAAGUCCGCCUAGAAAUGAAUGGUAUAACCUUUCAGGCCUUGUUUUGAGAGGGCGUGGCCAAACACCACAUUGCAUGCUAGAAUGGUAGAUCCUUAUAGAUAAUCUAUGGCUAGACCUCUCCUCUCCUUGCCUUCCUCUUCUUUCGCCCCGUCUUCCCUCUAUCUCUCUCAUUUCCUGCUGUAUUCCCACCUUGCCUGCUGUUGUGUUCUCCAUGCCUAUCUCAGUCUUUCAUUCCUCUUUUUUUGUAGCCUAGUUUUUACCUUUUUUUGUUUUACAAAUGUGCAUGCACAAGCAUCACUAAAUUGUUGAUGUUUUUAAAAGAAUAUUUUGUUGCUGAGGCCAUGCAAAGUGUUUUGAAUAUUGCCCUUAUAUGUGGAAAAUGUCUUCUGAAUGCUUUACAUAAUUUCUGCUGUAAAAUGAAAUCAGAAUAAAAAGAAAAUUUGCACUUUAA